UCUUGCGAAUUUGGAACUAACUUCCACUCGGUCAGGAAUUCAGAAGUCGAAAGUGUAGUCGUGUCCAUCGAACGAACGCGGUUGCCGAUUAUCCCCGCUUCUUCUCCGCGUUUUCCGAGCAGGUGCAGCCACUCUGUCGAAUAUAAGCUAACCGCAUCUCAUCCCGUGUCGAGAUCAACCCAACGCGUCUAACACGUGCGUAGCCAUUCCCCACUUUCUCAGGCUAGAGCGGCAGCACCAGCUCGAUCUCGCACGCGACCAACGCCGGAGCGCAUGGAGGCGGCCGUGACGUCCUACCCGGUGGCGCGGGACCCGCCGCCGCGGCCGGCGCCGCAGACGGCGCAGCUGGGCGGCGGCCCGGCGGCGCCGCAGCGCGGCGGGUGGGCGCGCUGGGCGCUGUGGGCCGUCGUCUCCCUCGUCCUCGCCGCCAGCUUCGCGUGGGGCGUGUACCAGGCGCGGCACCGGCCGCGGAGCCUCGCCUUCGUCAUCGUCACCUACUACCUCCUCGCCGUGCUCUACUGCUGCCUCGGGAAGCUGAGCCUUCUGCGCCGCGACGACCCGGCGGCGGCGCCCGAGCGGCGCCGGGUCCGGCUCGCCGUGUGGGUCGUCUCCGUGGCGUUCGCCAACGUCAUCGCGGCGCGCGUCGCCGACUCGAUGCCCGAGCGGGGGCUCCAGAUCGCCGUCUGGGUGGUCCUCGCCGCCGGCAUCGGCGUCGCCUUCUACUUCUUCUUCAUCCGCGAGGGCGCCCGCGAUGUGGUCGCCGGGCAGCGGCGGGAGGCGGAGCUCCACCAGGUGUCCCCGGAGCAGAGGGUCUGAGGAGGCGAGCUCCAGUCAACUCUGCCAUGGAUGGAUGGAAGAUGUAGUAUAGCCAUUGCUUCGUUUUUUCUUAAUUGUGUAAACCUUAUUUUUUUAUAAAGCUUAUUAUUUUCGGUGAACUGGUGUGUGGCUGUGGCUGUCAGUCGACACUCGACGCCGUGCUGGGGUUUGCUUGAAUCACUGACGUCUGGGGCCGCCAACGAACUGGCCCGCAUGUCAGUUGCAAUUGGUCAACUCAACCAGUCUGAACGCCAUACUCGGUGGAUCAAUUGUUUUCUUUUGCUCUAAAAGUUUGACCGACGACUGUAUCUAUUCGACCACGUCUUCGAACUGCAGACUUUU